AUGGUCAAAAUACAAACAGGGAGCCGAACCAUCCCCUUCAUGGUUGACACCGGAGCCGCCCACUCUGUUUUGCCAGUACCAGUAUCCAAGCCCACCAAGCAAACAAUUAAUAUAAUAGGAGCUACAGGCAAAUCACAAAGAGCCCCAUUCCUGCAAUCUGUUGCUUGUAGCUUGGGCGGUCAAGUGGUCCAACACAAGUUUUUGUAUAUACCGGAGUGUCCCAUCCCAUUAUUGGGCCGAGACCUGCUAUCAAAAUUACAAGCCCAGAUUUCUUUCCAACCAACGGGAGAAGUAACAAUGACCACAGGGCCAGCAGGGGAAUUCUCCUUAGAGGUACCCUUAAGGGAACAUUGGCGCUUAAUGAUGGUAAAAGAAGAGGAGGGGAUUAUUUCAGAGGACCUCCUGCAAGAAGUUACCCCUGAUGUGUGGGCAGAAAGCAACCCGCCCGGAAUGGCAAAGAACAUCCCACCUAUAAUAGUCAAGCCCAAGCCAUUCGCCAACCCUGUGGCUGUGAACCAAUAUCCUAUCCCCCGAAGAGCUGCGGAGGGAGUAUGGGUACAUUUGGAACGGUUACUUCGCCAUGGCAUCCUGAGACAGUGUCAAUCUCAGUGGAACACCCCACUCUUGCCGGUGAAGAAGGAAGAUGGCACGUACCGUCCAGUCCAAGACCUUCGAUUGGUCAACCAGGCCGUGGAAACCCUCCACCCCAAUGUGCCCAAUCCUUACACGCUGCUGAGUCUAAUACCUCCUACUGCAUGUUGUUUCACAGUAUUGGACUUGAAGGAUGCAUUUUUCUGCUGCCGCCUGGCAGAGGAAAGUCAGCCCCUGUUUGCAUUUCAAUGGACAGAUCCAGGAACAGGCACCAGGGUGCAAUACACGUGGACAAGGCUUCCACAAGGCUUCAAGAAUUCUCCAACCCUUUUUGGGGUAGCAUUGGCAUCGGACUUGUCUAGCUUCCCCACCAGCCCACGCAGAGUCUUGUUGCAGUACGUGGAUGAUCUUCUUUUGGCUUGUUCAGACAAAGACACGUGUAUGGAAGCCACCAAGGACUUGCUGAACCAUCUGGGUGAAGCGGGAUACCGAGUAUCUAAGAAAAAAGCCCAAAUAUGCCAACCUACCGUGAAAUAUCUUGGAUUUGAUAUAUCUUAUCAGCAACGGACCCUAAGGGAAGAGAGGAAGCAAGCCAUUACCCAGAUUCCAAAACCAAAAAAUCGCAGAGAACUUCGUGGCUUUCUGGGAUCGGCAGGAUUCUGUAGAAUAUGGAUACCAGACUACAGCACAAUUGCCAAGCCUCUGCACGAAUCAACCAGAGGGACGGAAAAGGACCCCUUUGUGUGGGGAGAAGAGCAGCAACAGGCCUUCCAGGAUUUGAAAAGGGCAUUGCAACAAGCACCAGCGCUGGGUAUCCCAAAUCCAGAAAAGCCUUUCUCCCUGUUUGUGGAUGAAGACCAGGGAACAGCAAAGGGAGUACUAUGCCAAAAACUGGGAAGCUGGCAACAGCCUGUGGCAUACCUAUCUGAGCGCCUGACACCUACAGAACAAGGUUUACCGCCAUGUAUGAGAGCAGUUGUGGCAGUAGCUACCCUACUGAAUAAGGCAGACAAAUUUACUUUUGGCCAAGACACUGUUUGUGUGACCCCGCAUGCAGUCCCAGCUCUGCUCGACAUGAAGGGUACCUAUUUCCUCUCCCAAGCAAGGAUGAGAAAGUGCCAGAUGCUGUUGUUGCACCCGCGUUUGAAGUUCCAGGUUACUACCGCCCUCAACCCAGCUACCCUGUUACCGGUAGGAGAAGGUGAGGAGCAGACGCACGAUUGCAUUGAAGUGAUGGAUGAAGUAUAUUCCAGCAGACCUGACCUAAAAGAUGAGGCAAACCCCCACUGGCCUUCAUGGUUUGUAGAUGGAAGCAGCUUUGUUGAGACUGGACAGCGGAAAGCAGGCUAUGCAGUGGUAGCCCUGGAAGACCAGGUGAUCGAAGCAAAAUCACUCCCGCCUGGAACAUCGGCCCAGCUGGCAGAGCUAACUGCGCUUACCAGAGCCCUGAACCUGGCAAAGGGACAGGAGAUAAACAUUUAUACAGAUUCUAAGUAUGCAUUCCUGACUUUACAUGCCCAUGGAGCCUUAUGGAAAGAAAGAGGUUUGCUUACCUCCAGAGGAAACCAGGUGGCCCACCCACAAGCUCUAUUGAACCUUCUGGAUGCUGUAUGGGAGCCCGAGGCAGUGGCAGUUAUCCAUUGCUAUGGCCACAAGACUGGACCAGGGGAAGUGGCCAGAGGAAACCGAUUGGCAGACAGAGUAGCCAAGGAAGCAGCCCAAGAACUGGCCCCCGCCUCGGUUAUUGGAGCACUGGUCCCAGAAGAGAUUUUAAGCACCGCUGACAAGCCAGCUUACACAAAGCAGGAAAAGGACACUGCAGACGCCCAGGAACUGACAUUGUCCAAAGAAGGAUGGUACCUUACCCAUGAUGACAGGAUAUGGAUUCCAGAGUCUCUUUCUCGGCAGAUAAUUCAGAGAUAUCAUGGUUCAACCCACAUAGGACCCGAUGCUACAACCAAGCAGCUGGGGAAGUGCUUCUAUAUAGCCCACCUCUACCAACUGGCAGCCCAGAUCUCCAGGAAAUGCCUGCUAUGCCAAAAGAAUAAUCCCAGAGCCGGACCACUGGCUCCCCCAGGGAGUCAGCAUAGUGGAACUGCACCUAUGGAAGAUCUUGUCGUGGACUUUACUGAAUUACCCCGUUGUGGACUACACCGCUACCUGCUGGUGGCAGUGUGCACCUACACCGGAUGGGUCGAAGCAUGGCCAACAAAGACUGAAAAGGCAUUUGAAGUAACCAGGUGCCUGCUUAGGGAAAUCAUCCCUCGCUAUGGAUUGCCAAGGUCCAUAGGAUCUGAUAAUGGACCAGCAUUUGUUCACGCAGUCCUACAGGGACUGGUAAAGGCGCUCCAGAUCAACUGGAAGCUGCAUACUGCUUAUAGACCCCAGAGUUCUGGAAAGGUAGAGAGAAUGAACAGAACUCUAAAGAAUCAGCUGUCCAAGCUGACGCAGGAGACCGGGUCUAAUUGGGUGGCCAUGUUGCCCUUGGCAUUGCUCAGGGUCCGCAGCCUCCCGUCAAAGCGGACCCAUUUGUCACCAUUUGAGGUUUUGUUUGGGAGACCAGUCCCCUAUGUUAGAAUGUUAACUCCAUAUGCUAGCCAAGAUAUGCAAUUGAAUAACUAUGUACAGUCACUCUCCCAAGUUCUCUCCUGUUUGGGCGCCCACCGGGAGCGCCUCCAACCGUCCGGAUAA